AUGGCAUUCCACAUCCCGGAUUUAGAGGUGAUUGUGGAGCAAGUAAAUCAUUCUAGUGAGACUACAGAUAAAUCUACUAACUGUAUUGAUAAAAGUAGUGGUAUGGACAUUUCAGACGUGCUACAAUCCUCUAAAUGUGUCAUAAACAGCUCUCCCUUGCAGGAUGUAGAAACGUCAGAUUUAGGUGAAAGUGUUGACGAUUUAGAUGCUGAUGACGAUGCUGAUGAUCGCCCUAUAGAUACAGGAUGGGCAUGGAUGGUAGCAUUCGCCUGUAUGAUGAUAGCAACCAUAAUUAUCGGAUAUCUGAUCUGUCUUGGCAUACUAUUCGUGGAGUUUCUAAAGCUCUUCGAUGCUUCAGCAACCUCAACAACUUUGAUAUUUGGUGUAAUGGCAAUUGUCUACUCAUUGUCAUCAUUUAUAUCAAUGCAAGUUCUCCUCAGCCGCUUCUCCAUUCGUCAGGUGAUAUCUUGUGGUGCUAUUAUAACAUCAUUAGGAAUCCUUGGCUCGGUAUUUGCACAAAAUGUUACAGUCUUGAUAUGUACUCAAAGUGUUUUUGUUGGAAUAGGUCAAUCGAUGAUUGUUGGUCCAAAUGUCUUAGCAGUUAGCCAGUAUUUCAGAAAGAGAAGGGCAUUUGCUAUAUCAUUAACUAACAGUGGGAUCAGUUUUGCAACAGUUCUAUUUCCUAUGCUUUGUCGGUUUUUAUUGGAUACCUAUGGUUUACGAGGAACUUUGUUAAUAUUUUGUGGCAUUGAACUCAACAUUGUAGUAUUUAGUCUGCUCAUAAGACCACUGCCACCAAAACCGGGAGAUGGUGGUGCCGGAUUAAAGCAAACAAUAAGUAAUAGAUUGAAGGUGCCGCUGAUGGAGGCGCAUCGGGAAAGAAUCUCUAGAGGUGAUAGAUUAGGCAGUUGGUCAUCCAUAUCAGUAAGCAACGCGAACGCGACUGGUCAGCCAGUUGAGCGGACUCGGUUUGCCUCUAUACUCCACUCAAAGAACCACAUAAACACUACCAGAGAACAGGGAGGCAGUUCUUCAAUUAUUCACAGGUUACAUUUACGUCCUGAAAUCCAAAGCGUCUCGACCAUUAUGGGAAGUAUGGCGUCAAUACCCCAAGUAGAGAAUAUAACUCGAAGGAAUAACUCUGAGUCUAAUAAAGGUUUUCUAGCACUUUUGAAGGGACUGGAUUUUUCUGUGUGUAAACGUCCGUUGUUUCAUCUGAUAACUAUAUCUAGUUGUUGUGGAAUACCUAUUUAUAUAUACCUACAAUAUUUACCUGCUAUUUUUGCUGAGUUCGAAACUUCAGAUGAAGAUGUUCCCAUUUUUCUCUGUAUAAUAGGAGCAUUGGACUUUGUGAGUAGGUUGGCUUUUGGAUAUUUUGCUGAUACAGGACAUGUUAAAAUAUCAACUAUCAUGAUAAUUUCUAUAACAAUAGCUGGUAUCAAUUGUCAACUCAUGACAUUCUAUACAAAUUAUGGAAGUCAGUUUGCAUGUGUCACGAUAUUUGGAAUAUUUUCCAAUAUUUACGGAACAUUUCUACCAGUGUUAUGUACUGAAUUUUUAGGAAUUGAGAAUUUAUCUAAAGCUUUGGGGUUCCUACAGAUAGCUCAUGGUGCUAUAAUCUCUGGUAUCCAUCCCAUUAUAGGAUUAUUAAAAGACACAACAGGGACAUAUAUCAGUUCUUAUCAUUUUAUAGGAGCGUUAGCAAUACUAGCAGCCAUACUUCAUAUACUAGAACCAAUAUUCAGACGUCUUGAUAACAAACAACAAACAGAGAACAAAGAUAUUCAAUUACCCAGAGCAGCACUAUGA